UCGGUAUGCUUGCUUCCAUUUGGUUCCUAAAGUAAACGGUAAACUGUUUCUGUUACCAAAAGUUUUGCAACAGACGAAAUGUUUUGCAACUGAAUCUGACUAAUGAAUACACCUCAUGAAUCCCACAAUACCAGGCGAAGGAGUUUCUUAUUUUUUUCCGUGGCAGAGCUGGUUGUUUCAAACCUCAGUCAAAGCGAAAGCGAAGUCGCUAUGCGGGGAGAUGUAAGAUGGCAGAGCUACAAAUGUUGCUAGAGGAGGAAAUUCCAGCCGGCAAAAGAGCUCUCGUAGAGAGUUACCAGAAUCUCACACGGGUAGCAGACUACUGUGAAAACAAUUAUGUUCAGGCUACGGACAAGAGGAAAGCUCUGGAGGAGACCAAAGCCUACACCACCCAGUCCCUGGCCAGCGUGGCCUACCAGAUCAAUGCCUUAGCCAACAACGUGCUGCAGCUGCUGGACAUCCAGGCCUCACAGCUGUGCCGAAUGGAGUCCUCAAUCAAUCACAUCUCUCAGACGGUGGACAUCCACAAGGAGAAGGUGGCCAGGCGAGAGAUCGGGAUCCUCACCACCAACAAGAACACAUCGAGGACCCACAAGAUCAUCGCCCCCGGCAACAUAGAGCGGCCGGUGAGGUACAUCAGGAAACCCAUCGACUACAACGUGCUGGACGAUGUUGGCCAUGGGGUCAAGCAGCAUGGAAACAAUCAGCCAAUCAGAGGAGGAGGAGGAACGCUAUCGAGGACCAAUCCGCCAACACAGAAACCUCCUAGCCCGCCUCCCGUGACAGGGACGUUGUCAGGGCGUGGAACUCUGGGACGCAGCACACCCUGUAAACCUCUAGAGCCGGUGAAACCACCCACAGUGCCAAACGACUAUAUGACCAGCCCUGCUCGACUAGGCAGCCAGCACAGCCCCGGAUGCACUGCAUCUCUCAACCAGAGACAAAGAACCCACAGUGGUAGUAGUGGGGGUAGUGGCAGCAGGGAGAACAGCGGGAGCAGCAGUAUUGGCAUUCCCAUGGCCGUGCCUACGCCCUCCAUUCCCAACUCUGGACCAGUCCCGCCCAUGUCUGCUCCCCCCGGAGCCCCUCCCCCUCCUCCUCCUCCUCUCCCUGGGCAGAGUCCCCCAGUGGCCCGAGUGGCUUCUGCAGCAAUAGUGGUGGCUCCCGGGCCUGGUCUUGGCCCCAUCCCCAUGUCCCAGUUUGGCACCAUCUCGCGGCAGAUCUCACGGCACAACUCUACCACCUCCUCAGUCUCCAUGGUUUCGGCCACGGGCACCUACCGCCGGGCGCCGUCCGUCACCUCCCAGUUCUCCCUGCAGCAGCAGCAGGCCCUACAGCUACAGCAGCAGCAGAUACAGCAGCCGUACAUUAACGGGGGAACCUCAACCUACCCCCAGAACUCAACUGCCCCUCCUCCCCCCAUGCCCCAGCUGACUCCACAGAUACCUCUGACAGGCUUUGUGGCCAGGGUGCAGGAGAACAUUGCGGACACCCCUACUCCGCCUCCCCCUCCUCCGCCCGAUGACCUGCCCAUGUUUGAUGAAGCUCCUCCCCCUCCUCCACCGCCGCCAGUUGACUACGAGGAACAGGAAGCGGCUGUAGUUCAGUACAGCGACUCGUAUGCGGAUGGAGACCCCCAGUGGGCGCCCAAGAGCUACAUGCAGAAAGUGGUGGCCAUCUACGACUACACUGCGGAUAAAAACGACGAGCUGAGCUUCAUGGAGGGAGCCGUCAUCUACAUCAUUAAGAAGAACGAUGAUGGCUGGUACGAGGGAAUCAGUAGCGGAGUCACGGGACUGUUCCCCGGCAACUACGUCGAGUCCAUCAUGCACUAAGCUGACUGAUGGGACCGUACUGCUCUCUAUUGAUUCGGUGUUUCUACUACAGACGUCUGACCUUUCGAAGCAUAGGGAAGUGCUUUUGGAUACGACAGAAUGUUUGGUCUCUUACUAAUCUCAAAUAAAUCAAAUACAAAAUAUCUAUUUACUUUAUUUUGGUGGUGUUGUUGUGGGUGGGUAAGGGGGGGGCAUAAAGUAUAUAAAGAAGGAAUAGGAUAAGGCUGAUGAUGUAGGGAUGUUUUUAAAGACCAGGCAGUGGAGGUUGCUGAGGGGAAGACGGGCUCAUAACAAUAGCUGGAACGGAGCAAAUGGACUGGCGUCAAACACCUGGAAAACCAUGUGUUUUGAUUCCAUUCCUCUGAUUCCGCUCCAGCCAUUACCACGAGCCCGUCCUCCCCAAUUAAGGUGCCACCAACCUCCUUUGAGACCAGGGUAACACUAGCUGAAGGACAUCCUUUCCUUUAAGUGUACUUCCUGUUUACAUAUGCACGACAUAACAUCUGACCCAACUAUUCAUCUAUUGACCUACACAUUUCUCAUGCACUUAUAUUAAAGUAUUAAUGUCUUUAUGAGUGUAUCGCGAGUAUUAUGCUAUAUGGAGACGGUUUGUCAGACGGUAUGUAAUGCAUAUGUAAACAGUAGGCGAUCUUGUGUAGACCUUCAGUGGAAGUGCUACUACUGUUAACUGUAUGUAAUGUGAGCUGCAGCCUGUUGGGUGUCUGUAGUGUAAAUUCAGUGAAUGUCAAUCGCAGUAUCUCAAGCAGGCUACUUACCACACACACAUGCAAAUGUCCUACAGAAGAUUCUGUUUGAUUUACUUCAUUUUUUUUUUAAAUUUAUUUUACUUUUUUUGACAAUACAAAAACUUAUUAUAGACAAAAACAAUAGACAACUCAACAUUUACAUCCACACAUUUUGACAAACAUGACUGACCUCCCCCUUGGUCAGACCCACCACCUCACCCAUCCUGCCAGUCAUCCCCUGCCAGUCUCCAGUGCAAAACUUUAUGCCAUAUAGCUUCAAACUGCACUAUUCUGCCUCUCUCUGUUGCCCAAAUUGUUCAAUAUUUAGAUAACGCAUUUGAUUCAUUCAUUUAACUUUUUUAUUUUAUGAUUUGACAAAAAAAAUUAACUACAAAAGUUAUAAUCAGAAGCCUGAUCCAUUUUGGGUUUUUACAUUUUAAAUAUUAUUUAUCUUUUUAUGAUUAACAAAACCUUUAAUUUCUGUUUCAUUUCAGUCGUUCCUGAAGUCUGAGCGUAAAGCAAAAUCUAAUAAAAAUGUAUAACCUCUGUUUAAUUAUGCUUCCAUUUUGUUGAAAUACUCACAUUCAAUUUAGGCUUUUAUUUUUUUUAUUGAUUAAAUUGUCUAGACACAAGGCAUUCUGGGACUUGGUUUUAUUUUCAAAAUGCUCUAAUUUGUCUUUAAACAUAUUAAAUUGCCAUAUUCUUUCAUCUGGUAAUGCCGUGAAAAGCAACACCAUGUCGUCGUGACUCCCAGUUUGAAUGACUCAUUUCCCCUCUUCACUAUUUAGAGUUCCACCACCAUUUUAAGAAACGUUGUAGUACAUGUCUAAUCUGAACAAAAUUAUUUAUCUGUAGGUAUUUUUUGGGUGAUCAAAGUAUUUAAUGUAAACAGUAACGGAUUAUGAUCCAUUGUUCUUCAUGCCGUGUUAGUGGGCUUAGUUUUCAAAACUGUUUUGUCAUAUUCAUUAAAAAAAAAAAAACUUGUAAAAAGCUGCCAUUUGACUAUU